AUGGGCGGCUUUAAUCCGGAAAGAGACAUUCCACCGCUGAGCGGAAAGGUCUGCCUCGUCACUGGAGCAAACUCUGGGUUGGGUGAGGCAGCUAUAACAACAUUCGCCCAGCACGGUCCCAAGAAGAUCUAUCUUGCAGCUCGCUCUCAGAGUAGAGCCGAAGAAGCUAUGGAACGUAUCAGAGCAAGCUCUGCGGCGGCUCGAUCUGCCAACAUUGAAUUCCUGGAAUUAGAUCUCGCCUCUCUGGAAUCGGUCAAGACGGCGGCAGCUAGAGUCAAUGCUGAGGUGGAUCGCCUUGAUAUCAUUCACUUGAAUGCCGGUGUAGCAUCGGUGCCGGCCUCGCUCACAAAAGAAGGAUACGAAGUGCAUUUUGGAACCAACUACCUGGGCCAUGCCUUGCUGACGCAAUUGCUGCUGCCCAAACUGCUAGAGACAGCGGCGCUGCCCAAUACCGACGUUAGAAUCAUAUCUGUAUCGUCUUCAUAUCAUCGACUAGAGGGAACGGGUGACGGAAUCUCUUUUGACAAACUAAAGACAACCAUGGAGGGUACUGGCGGUGUUGUCUUAUAUGCACAGGCCACUCUGGCCAAGGUACUUUUCGCCCGAGAGCUUGCGAGGCGAUACCCGAACAUAACAACGUUGUCAAUGCACCCGGGCAUAGUCAGAACGGAAAUAUGGAAAGGGAAGAAGGAUGCAAGCUUGCUGAUGCGGACUUUUCUCCGGCCCUUGGUCAGCUUGAUUGGCGUUUCCCCUGAGGAAGGCGUAAAGACACAGCUUUGGUGUACCGUUAGCAGAGAUGUGAAGAACGGUGCAUAUUAUGAGCCGAUAGGAAAGGCAAAUAUGCGUGGAAAGUUUACUGAUGACGACGAAUUGGCAGGCGAGUUGUGGAAUUGGACGGAUAAAGAGUUGCUUGCACAUGGCGCAUCUGGCUGGGUUUAG